GAUAAAGUUUAAAUUUUCUUUUCAUUUAUUGCUGUAGUGGAAUGAUAAACAAUAAUCAUGAUGCUAUUAAUUUUUGUUUUUCUUCUGUUUCAACAAGUGUUGGGAUAUUCGUUGAAUACCCAAGAAGAAUGGAAGAGUCUUGAGCAAGACCAACUAGACGCAUUCCUUGUACCGUUUCGAGAGUCAGUAUUACAGCAAAUUGCAGUGGGAUGGAACAAAACAAUCAAAGACAGUGCCUUGCUCAAAGUGAAAAUGCAGAAAUGCAGUGAGGAGAUCAAAGCUACGGUAGAGAGCUGUAAAACAUGCGCCGCAAAUACAUGCCAACAACAGCGCCAAAGUGUUAGCCAUUCACCAACCUUCACAGAUUAUCUAAACGUGGCAUUAAAUUUGGCUAACCCUGUACAGUACCUUAAAGAACCACUUAAUGAGAUUGGGGACAGAUUUAGCGACCUUAUUGAUCUUCUUGGAUCCGGAAGUGAUUCUUUUAUUGACUCGAUGAGUGCUCUUGGAAACAGUGCAGGCGGUGCUUUUAAAGACGCUUUUCAUGGCGUAGAGUAUGGUUUCAACUCUAUCAAAGAUCAGCUGGCUAGUCUUGGCAAUUCCGUUGCUAGUGGUAUUAAAGAUGCAGGAAACAGUAUUGGAGAUGGGUUGAACAAUGCUGGCAAUGCAAUCUCACACGCUGGUCAUAGCGUUAUUCACAGUAUAGGAAGUAUUUUUGGCAGAAAACGAGCGGUUGUUAGUCCGGAGAUCAGGGCAUGUAUGAUUCCAUGUCUUGUUUGCAAUCCUUUACUCAUGCCAGAUCAGAGGAACAUGAUAAGUGCAGUCUGCGGAGCCGACGUUGUAAAGUUCAACGACACAGUUCGGGCAAAUGUUAAAAUGAUCAAGGGAAUGUUCACUGCUAUAUCUGAUAAAGUUAAUCCUGUCAUCACAAAGAUAGAGUUUUGCCCGGAAUCUCAAGUCGGUGUCACGUACACUAGUAUUUACGUAACAGCUAACGUAAAGGGGCGUUACUUGCGUUAUAAGUCUAGUGUCACGUACGAUAUGAUGAACAUGGGAUCGUCUGCAAGAAACGUUGCAACAGAGUUUUGGAAGAAAUGGACAGAAUAAAAGAACUGCACUGUAUAUGCAAAAAUAGUAAAGAUGACAAAUGGA